AAAAAUGUUUAUUUAAUGAUGUGAAGUGAAACCCAAACUGGGGAAAUAGAAAAAUGUCUUCUUGCGCUUCUGUAGUCUUCCUUUUCCUUUUCUCCUUCCUCGCUAGCUUCACAGCAGCUUCUGCUCAAAGUAUUUUCUACAUAAAGCAUAUUUGUCCAAAUACGAAGACGUAUUCAAGAAACAGCACUUACUUCACUAAUCUCAGAACCCUUUUGUCUUCUCUCUCUUCCCCCAACGCUUCAUACUCCACUGGAUUCCAAAAUGCUACGGUGGGACAAGCCCCCGAUAGGGUCACUGGUCUUUUCCUCUGCCGAGGAGAUGUGUCGCCGGAAGUUUGCCGUAGCUGUGUCGCCUUUUCCAUCAACGAUACACUCAUUCGUUGUCCGAAUGAGAGCGAGGCCGUGUUUUAUUAUGAUGAAUGUAUGCUCAGAUACUCUGACCGGAAUAUCCUCUCGACCCUUGCAUACGAUGGAACAUGGAUCAGGUUGAACGGCAACAUUUCAAUUGAUCAAAAUCAAAUGAACCGGUUCAAAGAUUUGGUGUCGUUUGCCAUGAACCAAGCUGCCUUGGAAGCAGCGAGCAGUGCUAGAAAGUUCUAUACGAUAAAGGCCAAUUGGACCGCACUCCAGACUUUGUACGGCCUGGUUCAAUGCACUCCUGAUCUUACAAGACAAGACUGUUUGAGCUGUCUGGAAAAUUCCAUCAAUGUAAUACCUCUCUACAAAACUGGAGGAAGAAUACUUUCUUCUAGUUGUAAUUUUAGGUACGAGCUUUUCGCCUUCUACAAUCAAAACGCAGUUAGAACACAUCCACUACAACAAGAACCACCACCAUCACCGCUGCCUCCUAAAUCUACUCCUCCGGUGACAUCUCCUUUACUACCUGGGAAAGGUCGGAAUUCAAAUGUGUUAGUGGUAGCCAUUGUUGUGCCUAUUAUAGUGGUUGUUCUGCUUUCCAUAGCUGGUUAUUGUUUCCUUGCUAAAAGGGUAAAGAUGUCUUCUGAUACUCCACCAGAUUUUGAUGGAGAUGAUAUAACAAUAGACUCGCUGCAAUUUGAUUAUAGAACACUUCGAGCUGCAACAAAAAAGUUUUCAGAAAAAAAUAAGAUUGGCCAAGGUGGAUUUGGUGAGGUUUACAAGGGAAUAGUAUCGAAUGGGACAGAAGUUGCGGUUAAGAGACUUUCAAAAUAUUCAGGACAAGGUGAAGUAGAGUUCAAGAACGAAAUUAUUGUUGUUGCAAAGCUUCAGCAUAGAAAUCUAGUUAGGCUUCUUGGAUUUUCUAUACAAGGAGAAGAAAGGAUACUGGUCUACGAGUAUGUGCCCAAAAAAAGCCUUGAUUACUUUCUUUUUGAUCCUGCAAAGCAAGGUCAGCUGGACUGGACUCGACGGUAUAAGGUCAUUGGAGGGAUUGCUCGGGGAAUUUUAUAUCUCCAUCAAGAUUCACUGCUCACAAUCAUACACCGUGACCUCAAAGCAAGUAACAUUCUCCUGGAUGCGGAUAUGAAUCCCAAAAUAUCUGAUUUUGGAAUGGCAAGGAUCUUUGGAAUGGACCAAACCCAUGAGAACACAAGCAAAAUUGUUGGCACCUUCGGUUAUAUGUCGCCCGAAUAUGCGAUACAUGGGCAGUUCUCAGUGAAAUCUGAUGUCUAUAGCUUUGGAGUGUUAGUUCUUGAGAUUAUAAGCGGUAAGAAGAACAACAGCUUCUACGAGACGGACGGUGCACAUGACUUGGUCACACAUGCUUGGAGGCUUUGGAGUAACGGAACAGCAUUUGACCUCGUGGAUCCAAUAAUUGUAGAUAGUUGCCAAAAUAGUGAAGUUACUCGAUGCAUCCAAAUUGGUCUUUUAUGUGUUCAAGAAGAUCCCGAAGAGCGUCCGAACUUAUCAACCAUUUUCAUGUUGCUCACUAGUAAUACGAUGACUUUACCAAUGCCUCGGCAACCAGAGUUUUUCGCUGAAAAUAACCAUUUAGAUCAACCUUCGACAACCAAGUCUAUUCCAGUAUCUAUUGACGAUGCGUCUACCACCGAUUGAUAUCCUUGUUGAAUAUAGUGUUAACCUUCAAGUUAACCGUGAAAACACGUUAGCAACUUUUGUCGCUGUGGAAUUCACCUCAAGUAUAUAUAUUUCCACAUGUCUACACUAAAUCGUUUUAUCCAAUUUUAACCUAUGAUAUGUAAACUUUUUAUUGACUGAUUUUCAAUACUCUUUAGAUUUAUUUAAUUGGAAUGAAGGUAGAU